GCGGGUUUAUGUGACUUCUUCCAAGCUUCCAGUUCCCGCUGUCAUGAGCGCCGUAAUGAGAAAACAACAAAGAGGGAAAUAAGCGGACGAGAAGAGAAGAGAGUAGCUCUACAGAUGGAGUUCGCCUCUCUUCCCAGAAUACCCCUCCUCGCCUCCUCCCAAUGCCUCAACCCCUCCCUCAAUUGCCACCACCCCAGUCUCCCUUUGCAACAAUACCCUUCCUCCUCCUCCUCUUCCUCCUUGAGAGCCCGAUGCUUUGGGAGUCUCGACCCCCGGAGAUCCCUCGAUCUCUUCUCCAUCUCCUUCGCCGGAAAUAUACUCUGGAGCUCCCCUACGGCUCCAGUGUCGAGGAGACUCGCCUCCAUCUCGAGAUCCGUGGCCAUCCCCGAUUCCGGCGGGGGCGGCGACGGAGAGGGGGGGUCCAAAGAGGUCCCGGCUUUGGGACCUGAUGUGAUCGUUCUCCAAGUCGGAGGUAUGUCUUGUGGUGGAUGCGUUGCAAGCGUGAAGCGCAUCUUGGAAAGCCAACCUCAAGUAUCUUCUGCCACAGUUAGUCUUGAGACAGAAACAGCAUUCGUGUGGACUGUACCUGAAGUCAAGGUUACACAGGAUUGGCAGCAUCAGUUAGGGGAGAAACUUGCAAACCACUUGACAAGUUGUGGAUUUAAGUCUGGCUUUCGAGGACAAGGACAUGCAGUUGGAAAGAUUCAAUCUCAGGGACAAUAAGGAUGCAAAUUGAACUUCGCUUAGAUUCUUCAUAUAAAAAUGAAGCAUAUGAUUCAUUACUGCUUAGCCGAAAACUUUACUAAAUCAUUUUUGUUUCCCUAGAUGGAUUUUGGUAGCAGUUGACGGGCUCAACAAAAGAAUUGCACGCUGGCCGUUCCUCUGUUGUCAUUCAUUUACUCAAGGUGUUAUCUUGCAUUGAAGAGUUAAAUAAAUCUGAUCUGAUCUUAUCAUGUAACUAGUAGCAAAACAUAAUUACCAAUCAGAUCUGUUUGUUGAGUUGAUCUUUAACUUUGUUCCUUGGAGAAGCAAUGUAAUAUCCUAUGUUAGGUUCUAUUACAAUAUAAUUUUCUUUUGAUUGCGCUUCAUGAAAUUUCGCUAUUUUU